AGAGAGCUGACAUCGCUGGACUCCUUCCCCUCUUGUGACGGACAACAACAGCAAGUUCUUCCCCUUAGGGAUGAAAUAUGCACACUCUGCGCCCGUAGAAAAAAGCAGACGACACACACUGUAAAGUGCAAAGUGGCCCUACAAGCAGCGAGGCAAUUACUCUUGCAGCAGCCAGGCAGUGGCCUGAAAUCUCCAAAGAGUCAGGACAAGCAGCGUCCACUGCAGGUUCCAGUGUCAGUGGCCAUGAUGAGUCCCCAGGUGAUCACGCCGCAACAGAUGCAGCAGAUCCUCCAGCAGCAGGUGCUUUCCCCCCAGCAGCUCCAGGCCCUGCUCCAGCAGCAGCAAGCCGUGAUGCUGCAGCAGCAACACCUGCAGGAAUUUUAUAAGAAACAACAGGAGCAGCUCCAUCUGCAGCUUCUCCAGCAGCAACACCCUGGCAAGCAGGCUAAAGAGCAACAGCAGCAGCAGCAGCAGCUGGCCGCCCAGCAGCUCGUCUUCCAGCAGCAGCUCCUGCAGAUGCAGCAGCUCCAACAGCAGCAGCACCUGCUCAACAUGCAGCGGCAGGGCCUGCUCUCGCUGCCUGGGCCCGCUCCAGGCCAGGCCGCCCUGCCCGGACAGACCCUGCCCCCACAAGCUGGCUUAAGCCCCGCAGAGCUCCAGCAGUUGUGGAAGGACGUGACCGGAGGCGGCGGUCACACCAUGGAGGACAACGGCAUCAAACACAGCAACAGCGGCACCGGCACCGGCGUGAGCGGCGGCGGCGGUUUAGACCUCUCCACCAACAACUCUUCUUCAACUACCUCCUCCUCCAAUCCCGCCAAAGCAUCGCCGCCCAUCUCUCACCAUUCCAUCGCCAACGGACAGUCUCCGGCCCUCAACCACAGACGAGAGAGGGAAAGGGAAAGGGAGCGAGAGAGUACACUACAUGAAGAAAGCGGAGGGACCCACCCCCUGUACGGUCAUGGCGUGUGCAAGUGGCCCGGCUGUGAGAACAUCUGCGAGGACUUUGGACAGUUUUUGAAGCACCUAAACAGUGAACAUGCCCUCGACGACCGGAGCACGGCCCAGUGUAGAGUCCAAAUGCAAGUCGUACAGCAGCUGGAAAUACAGCUUUCUAAAGAACGCGAGCGUCUUCAGGCGAUGAUGACCCACUUGCACAUGCGGCCCUCAGAACCCAAGUCAUCUCCCAAACCACUUAACUUGGUGUCCAGCGUCACCAUGUCCAAGAACUUGCCGUCAGCAUCGCCCCCCAACUUACCUCAGACACCCACCACGCCCACAGCGCCGAUCACACCCAUGGCCGCCAUGCCCCAGGUGCCGUCAGUACUGGGAGGAGCAAACGUUCCCAGCAUGGGAGCCAUGCGCAGACGCCACUCAGACAAAUACUCCAUGCCUUUGUCGUCAGAGAUUGCCCCAAACUACGAGUUUUAUAAGAACGCAGAUGUCAGACCGCCAUUUACUUAUGCAACCCUCAUAAGACAGGCUAUCAUGGACUCUGCCGACAUGCAGUUAACGCUUAAUGAAAUCUACAGCUGGUUCACGCGCACGUUCGCCUACUUCAGACGCAAUGCCGCAACUUGGAAGAACGCCGUUCGCCACAACCUCAGUCUGCACAAGUGCUUUGUGCGUGUGGAGAACGUGAAGGGGGCGGUGUGGACGGUAGAUGAGGUGGAGUACCAGAAACGCAGGUCGCAGAAGAUCACAGGAAGCCCAUCACUUGUCAAGAACCUGCCCUCCAGUCUUGGCUAUGGAACUGCACUAAAUGCCAGCUUACAGGCUGCCCUGGCGGAGACCUCCCUGCCUCUGCUGGGGACCCCCGGGCUCAUGAACAGCGGUUCCACAGGCCCGAUGGGAGGCAGCUGCCACGGCCUCCUCGGCGGAGACCCGUCCGUACUGACCGGCGGGAGUCCACCCGGGCUGUUGGGCGGGAGUCCGCCCGGCUUGCUGGGCGGCAGCCCCCCGGUCACGCUGAGCGGCAGCCCCCCCACCCUGUUGCAGUCCGCCCACGACGAGCUCAACGGCUCACUCGACCACCUUGACACCAACGGACACAGCAGCCCCGGAUACUCCCCUCCAGUACACAUGCCACCCGUUCACGUUAAGGAGGAGCCGCUUAAUAUGGACGACGACGACUGUCCGAUGUCACUCGUGACGACAGCCAAUCACAGUCCAGAGCUGGAUGACGACCGGGAGCUGGAGGAAGGGAACUUAUCGGAAGACCUGGAGUGACUAGGAUACAGUUUUUGGCGAACGUAUCCCUUCACCCAACCGCACUGUUUCUCUCACACAGACCUCCUGCAAGACUAGAAACCACUCCACAGUCCAAGCAACCACAGCUGACUCUCUCUUUGUCUCUCUCACCACUGGGACUAUUUAUUGAGCAUGUAUCCGGAUAGAGACCGGUCCAAAGGAACUCUUUGUUGCAGCCCUUUGGGAUCCCCAAACAUGACAGGCAUGAGAUGUCUGAUUUAAAAGAAAAAAAAACAAAUUAACUCUUUGAGACCUGUUUCAUUAGGGAUGGCGUGGCCACAUACAGUAUCAAGGAUGACGGACUCAUGGAUGGGGAAAAAAAAAAAACAUGAAACAAAUGAGCAAAUCAUUUUCCGUUGAAAGCUAGCGGCCUCAUAUACUGCCAAAAAGGAAGACAUUUUAUGUUUGUGAAUAAUCCAACCCACAGUAGUUGUUAAUGUCUAGAGACAAUUGCUGGUUCAAUUCAAGUUGUUGCUCUGUUAUCAUUUGCACAGGAGUAGUCUCAGAAAUUUGUGUCACUGCCUGUAUGUUGCUACUAUUAUGAAAACCAGUAUAUUAUUUUCAGCUUUCUUUUCUUUUCUUUUUCUUUUUUUUUUUUUUUCCAGCCAUUGUUAUUUUCCAAAAAUAUGAUUUAGGACACCACCAACUGUAAAUGCCAUUUCCCUGAAUCACACCAGUAACGGAACUGCGGUACCAAGACUGUUGUUGCAGCUGUCCAGAAAAAAAACAAAAAGAGAAAAGGUUGGCUUCCAGUCUGUUAUCUGUUUGUGAUCAAAAGUUCGAAAAAAAACUGGAAAUUAAGUUGGGAGGGGGAUAAAGAAAAAAAAAAAAACACACAGUUUCUUUAAAGCACCAUUUACAAAACAAAUGCAUUUCUGCAUAAUUUUCUUCUCGCUGUUCUCCUUACCUCCUCGUUCUAAAGCUUUGUCUACCUGCAAACAGUCACAGGCAACAGCUAGAAACCAAAGCCAACACUAGCAAUGGCCAAUAGCUUAUAGACAGAAGCCACCAAACUCCUCUUGGUCCGCCUUCUGUGACUUUAAACUAGUACAAAGAGAAGCUUUUGUUCCGCAAACUACCUUGGAAUAACCUCUGGGAUUGUUUCAUUUAGCCCUAUACAAAGAUGAUCAUGAGAAGAAAGAGAGAGGGGAAAUAAAUGCUGAUUUUGAUGUGUAAUUUGAUAACUCAUAAAACGUCCACUUUGGGGGAUUUUCUGCCAGAUGUACUGUAGGUGAAAAAAAAAAAAGAAAGGUGAUGUGAUAUUUUGAACUGCAGGCAUUUAUGUGAUUUAACUGGUAGAGAGCAGCUAACUGUAAAAGUGGAUCAUGACCAAAACAAAACAUUUGUGUAUUCAAUGGAAGUGCAGAAACAUUGUGUUGUUGUGAAGUUUAGUUGAAUUUUUAUUUUUUUAAAAAGAAGCUUUUUUUUUUUUUUGUUACGCAUUACACAUCAGAAGUCAUUCUUUUUUAUUUUGGGAUUUUUUUUUAAUUUUAUUUUUUCUAACCUGGUGAAUAUGUAUUGUUCUAAGUGGGACUGUCAAAAUAAUGUCACGUCUUAUUUCCGUGGCGGUUUUUGUUCUGAGCCGCGUCGAAACCGAAACUGAAAACAUCGCUAACCAAACAUGAAAAAUAUCUAGUGAAGCCAAAUAAGUCAUGAUUUCAAGUUAAUAUGAAAUGAUGUGGCUUGGUUACCAUGUAAAAGCAAAUAGUAAUAGCCAUUGCAGAAGAGGAUAUCUAAGGUGAAGGGUAACCUUUUCUAGGUGAUAUUUGCUUUAAACUUCAUCGAAUACUCAUCGUGUGGGUCACAGCUUCUAAACUAUAUAGACACGAGCGGCGUUGGCACUCGUCUACUCUGUAUAGGUAGCCAGCUUUUUAUAACACACUCGGUAUUUCUAGCGACUAAAGAGAAGUAGUUAUUGUCGGAAACUACGUCCCAUCAUUUUCCUCACAGCCAAUGUCAUCUAGAAAAGUGUUGUUGCUUUAAUGGUCAUUUCUGUUUUCAGUAAACCAAAGUUACACAAAAUUCUGCCUCCUCUUGUAUGGGAUAAAGGAAUCCUAAAAAAAAAAACAAAAAAAAAAGAAACACACACACCCUGUCGGAGACUAGCAUACAUGUGCGUGAACACAAACACACACACACACACACACACACACAAACAGACCCCCUGAUGCUUUUGGUCUGCCAACUUUCUUGUUUUGGUUUGAAUCUCCAGCUGCAGGAAAAAAAAAAAAGAAGCUGUCAAAGAAACCGACGUGGCUUUGGUUGUCGCGCUGCAGCAGCGGGCGACGCGUCUGCCUGUUUUGACCAAAAUGGAAACACACUGUGCAUAUGUUGUUUUCAAGUGUUGUUGCGCCAAGCCAAGGAAGCGGCCGCGAGAGCUUAACACACACAGACACGUGCAGUCCUGUACAAAACACACACAGCAUGUAAAGCACACACACAUAUACCCACACACACACACACACACAUGUGCCAGUCCCACGUCAAGAGGGGACUGGGCCCAGGAACAAAGCUUAUCCCUUCAAUACUUAGCUGGAGUCAGCAAAACGACUUGAAGACGACGUCCUUAAUAAUCUUAUCACACCAAAUAAAAAGGACGCUGCGUCUUUCAACAAAAAAAAAAAAAGCAAAAAGGAAAAAAAAAAAAGGAAAAAAAAAAAAAAAAAAGGGUUCUCCCACUUACCCAAAAAGGCUUUCUAAAAGCUUCUACCUCUGCACAACAAAAAUUCAGAACAAUUAUGACAGAUUGCACGAAGUUACGAGAAUGCCACAAGAAGCUGUUACACUUUACUACGCUUGUCUCAUAGGACGUGGCUCAAACCAACGUUUACAUUCCCUGCGUCAAGAUAUGGAAGAUUUGCAUUGUAAUAGGUUGUCCUCAAACAUUUGUAGAAUGAUAAUGUAUAGAUUACCUGUAAGGGAAUAUUGUGUUUUAAAAAUGCAUGUCUAAAAAUCAUUUGGUGGACUGGAAACAAGAACUAAUAAAAAGAAUAUAAUAAAAAUCAUCGGGAUGAUGGCCUAAAUGUACGUACAAUGCAUCGGAGUGCAUUACCUCAGAUAUACUGUUUUGGGAGGGAUAAAACCUGUCAGCCACAGAAUGCAUAUUACCUGUAGAUUUGCAUGGGUUUUGUAUAAAUUAAGUAAAAAAAAAAAAUGUCUAAAAUAGUUGCUUGCACAUAAUACCAGAAAGACCUCCAGAACUGCGAUCUGCUCCUCCACUAGAUUUUAGGAUUGUCUGGAUUUUCUGGGUUGAUUUUGUCUGUAUUUUGAUAACUGUGCAUACUUAUGUAAAAAAAAAAGAAAAAAAAAAAUGUUGGUGGACCCAUAAAUUUACCAGACUUUUUUCUAAGAGGAAAAAAAAUCUCAGUGUUUCUUUUCUGACUUACCUGAAUUUUUACUGUUUCUCUCUCAUUGCUCGCUAAGAAUAGCAAACCUGCUUUUUCUGCAUCUGCUUUGCGUAGCUGUAAGGCUUAACCUAAUGUGUGUAUUUAUUGCUUGUACCUCUGUGCAUACUUUAUGAAGCAUUAUGUCUGGCAGUUGAGUCAUGUAUCCUUUCUACUGCUAUCCUUCUCUAAUAAUUGAGAAUAUGAUCCCCCUAUGUAUACAGUAAAUUGGGACUGUAGCAAACAUAUGUUUAUGUAAUUGGUGAAAACUUUUUUUUGUUUUUUUUUUUUGUUCGUUUGUUUUUUUAUUUUUAUUUUCGAUCGAGAUUCAACUACUUUUUUUGAUACUUUUCAUUACUGUGUACUGUGUCCAUACGUUAAAGGUUCUCUGACAUUAGAAGGUCAUGGUUGAGAAUUGUAACAGACAUUAUUUUCUGUAUUCAUGGCAUUUCACUGCUGAAUAAAAUAAAGGACCAAAACUUGGAAUUUGAAAAAGCAA